AUGGAUGUGUUACGUCCGAAGAUAUUAAAUAUUGAUGGGAGACAAUAUCGUUUAAAUACUGCCGAUUGUUGUCCAAACUUGUGUGAUGAAACAAAACCUCACAACACCGAAAUUUCUGAAAGCCUACCGGCUUAUGUCGAAAGAGAUGAUUUUGAAGAAGAAUGUGAUGACUUGAAUAUUUACAUGGAAGGUGGUCGAUGUGUACUGAAAUUAGAAGUGCCAAAUACAUUUUAUGGUUUGAUCAUUGGUAGAAAUCGAGAGAACAUCAAAAAUCUUGAAUAUCAAACAAAAACUAGAAUUAAAAUUCCCAGCAUGAAAGAAAAGAAUAUAAUAACUAUAAAAGGAGAACAAAGGGCACACAUUAUUGCUGCUAAAUCAAAAAUUGAUGCAAUUGUAAAGAGAGGUCGAGUCAAACAGAGUAUGACUCAUUUUGUGUCCUUGCCAAUGGUCAACCCAAUAGUGAUUGAUAACUAUUUGGCUUUCAAGAAAAUGGUUCUUGAUGAAUGUGGCCAGUGCCGUGGUGUCACUGAGCUUUUAUUUCAAGAUCAAUUAAGACUUCAUUUAACAAUUACCGCUUUUGUUUUAUGCGAUGCAGCAGAAAUAAAAAGAGCUAUCAACUUGAUGGACCAGUGUGAAAAUACUAUAAUUAAACCUAUGAAUUUGAAAUCCUUAGACAUAUUAGUUUCUGGAUUAGAUUGUAUGAAUGAUGACCCAUCAGAAAUUAAUGUCUUAUAUGCCAAAGUGAAAAGUCCUGAGAUUCAAAUGCUGGCCGAUAAAAUACAAACUUUUUUCGAAGACUGUGAUUUGGCAUUACCACCCAGGAGUAAUCAUGUAAAGCUACAUGUAACUUUGAUGAAUUCUGGAUUCUACAAAUAUCAGACUAGUGUUAAUGGAGAUUCUGGCAAACAAUCUCAUCUUACGUUUGAUGCAAGAAAAAUAAUUGAAAAAUUUAAUGAUUAUACUUUUGGAACCGUACAGCUGACAGACAUUCAUCUAUCACAACGCCAUACAACUGAUUCAAAUGGGUACUACAAAUCAUCAUCUGUACUAAAACUUUAA